UCGUUGGGGAUGGAGUGGCCAUCUAGGUUCUCUCUCUCCAUCAAUGGGGCAGUGACAGCCUACAGCCUCUCCCUCACUCUCCCUCACCACCACUCACCCAUCUCCACCACCACCAUAUACCACUCCUCUACGCUCCAACACCAGUUUGAGGGUCUGGCGAGCAACAUGACGUACAAUGGACGGCUGAUAGCAUUAGUGGGACAACAUCACUGGCCCUACAACCUACUCAACUUCACUAUCGCCUCCCCCACCCUUCUCACAGGUCUUGGUCUGGGUCAGAAGGCGACGUAUGGGAGAAGCCUCAGCACUGUCGCUGACCUGACCUCUAUCAGCGUGUCCGUCAGGCUACGCUGGUCACCCACCCCCUUCCUCACAGGUGGGUUUACGCCCCCCUCCUCCAAGCCGACUGACCCCCCAGAGCCAGCUGUGAGGCCUCUGGGGUACCGCCUGCAGGUGUGGGACCACAAUCAGCUGGUGAGAGAGGUCAUUACCUCCAUCUACAGCAAGGAUAAGGGGUGCGAGGCAGCUGUAGGAGGCCUGAAGCUUGACACAGUGUACAAGGCGACGCUCGAGGCUCUCUCAGCUGACGACGAGCCCGGCACCUCCCUCUCCUUCUCUCUCGACGCCGGAGCCCUCCACGUGGAGGGUGGAGGGUUGACGACUGAUGGCGUAUCCGAGUGUUACUCCGGGCUGCAGGUGAGGUGCCCGGGCUCUGAGCGAUGCGUCUCCCCUUACUGGAUCUGUGACGGAGCUCCCGACUGUCCAGAUGGAGCGGACGAGGUUGGCUGUGACUCCACCAACUGUGAAGGUUUUAAGUGUUGGGACGAGAUGUGCAUCUCAGUUGCCUGGCGCUGUGACGGUCACCGCGACUGUAAAGAGGGAGACGACGAGUACAUGUGUACACAGUGCGACCCUGGGGAGCUGAAGUGCCCCAAGGGAGGCCCCUGCGUCUCGCAGAACGCCACCUGCGAUGGUGUCAGCCACUGUCCUGACGGGUGGGACGAGUCAGGAGCUGUGUGUGGUUUCCUGACUUGUGGUCCUGGAGAGUUGAGGUGCCUGGAGGGUGGCCAAUGUGUGGAGCACCAGCGACUGUGUGACGGUGUUCCUGACUGUCCCUCUUCAGAGGAUGAGGAUCUCACCUUCUGUGCCGCUUUCGCCUCCAUGAAGGACUUACGAGUCACUAAGAUGGAUAAACAACCCGUUGAGUGUGAGAAAGGACGCCCGAUCCAGAAAGCCAAUUGCACAGAUGAGGAAUUCCGGUGUGACAGUGGAGAAUGUAUCCAUCGUGUAUACGUUUGUAAUGGUGUUGACGACUGUGAGAAAGGAGAAGACGAGAUGCUCUAUGCUUGUGUGGAACGUACCAGAGAUGACAAUCACAUACACGCUCCCGACGAUAAUGACUUAGUUGAUGAAGAUGAAGACAUAAUGACCAGAGAUUAUGAUGAUGAUGACUAUGGUGACAUAAUUGAUGAAUACAUAAUGACCAGAGAUUAUUAUGAUGAUGACGACGACGGUGACAAUAAUGAAGAACGUAAGUGUAAGGAGGACCAACAUGGAAACUGCGUCACUCCCUCACACAAUACGGUGACCGACGAUAUCAACAACAACAGCUUAACACUAGACAUCCCACCAACACAAGAGACUCACACAAGGACAACACUCAACGUUACAAAUCAGGAAUCAGAUUCUAGUAACUCCCUUGUGAAUGAAAUCCAAGUAUCUGAAUCUUCGACUCCAUAUUCAUCAACGACAACAGAAGAUAAUUCUUUAAGGGUAAUGAAGAAGAUCGAUAUAAGUCACCCAAAUGUUACAGACGUAGAUGAGGUCCUCGAUGACAAACCUGAAGGUGAGAGAGAAGACAACACAAUACAGGAAGGUGUUGACGUCAGUAUUGAAGUAGUGGUGGAGGAGACCGCUUAUCCACACCCAGUUGAGAAUGAAGUCGAUUUUUCAAGUAUUGAGGAAUUUGAUAAUAGCUUAGAUGAUACUCAACCUCUUGACACCAAUCUACUGUUCAUUUCUCACAACUUAGCCAAUGGGACAGCCACUGACAACACAACAUUUGUCUUGGAUACACCAGAUGAUUAUGAUUUUAACUCCACUAUACCUUAUUUGACUACUGACAAUAUUACUGAUGACUCUUCUGAUGAUUAUAAUGCCUCGUCCUCAGAGGAAUAUGACAGCAGUAAAGAAAUCGUUAACUCAACCAACCUGGUUCGCCCACGCUCAGAAUCUAACAGUACUGAUGAAUUGUUGGACACGGGGUCUGCCAGUCUUGAAGAUGACAGUGAUAAAGCAGACAAAUCUUUCACCGUUACUGUUGCUGCUGAUCCAAGUUCCUCAGAAAGUAACAUUCAGUCAGAGAACAAGACCAUCGAGACCUCUACACCAGCCUACAGUAGUGAUGAACUAACAACAGCCAGUCACGCACCAGAACUAAUAGCACCUGACGCCUCCAGUGAAACGGUGAGUCUGAAUGUGACCGAGGCUGAGGAAGUCGUCACACUUCUCAGUACAGAAGCAACUUUGAUGGAAUCGACUCCUAAUGCCGUCGAUGAAACAACACUAACUCUCACCACCACCAUCUCGCCCACAAGUCAUGAAAACCCGGUAUCAGUUAACGCCACAGAGCCAACUACGACAGAAGUGCAUCUACCAACGGAAGCUGAACAUUUGGCAUCAAGCACGGAAACAACCUCAACAGUGACAGAUGCAAGUACCGUUGUUGUCGAAUCCAUGACCAUAUCCUCCACCCUCACCACUGAGCCCGACAACUGGAAGGACAUGGGCCACAACCUGACCAUCUUGAUUGCAGUUCACUCUGAGAUGAACGAGAGCAACAUCCCCCAGUACAUCAUCCACGGUAUGGACGGCAACACUUACGAAUACGAGAUUGUCAGCAUUGUGAAUGAUGAUAAACUUGCGAAAGAAAAAAAAGCAAAGAGUAACAGCAGCACAUCGGAAGGUGAAGCUGAAAAAAGAGAAAAAAGUAUGGAUGAAAGGUCAAGGAAGUAUGAUGGCAGUCACAGUUACCUACAAGGGAACAACGUCUCCUCAGCUGAGAGAUGCUCACUGUCUCUUAUCUCUCUCAUCCUCGUUUUCCUUCUUCACAAUGUGUAAUGUUUGAGGUAACUUCACUUUCACACAAUUAAUUCUCAUCUCACAUGGGAGUCUUAUAGCCGUGGAUCAAGUCUCCUGGCCUGCAGGGAACGGAGGUGUUAUGUGUGGCAGGGUAAGAUGAGUGAGUAGAAUCAGCUGGUCUGUGUGCUCACUACACUACCUGUUGACUUCAGGGUCGUAUCAUAACACAGAAAAUAAUACAAUGUUUAUUAUCUAGUUUACUCUAUUGAUAUACAGAUGAUAUAGAUGCAAGCAGUAAUGGUCGCAAACAGUGGUUUUGUAAGGAAAAGUCGAGUGUUGGGAACGAAGGCGUGUUUGUUCUGUGAAGUCGAAUUGGGAGAGAAUUUUAGGGUGAGUUUGGGGAUGUUUUAUUAAUGCUGUCAAUAAAUAAGAUGACAAACCUGUUGGUACAUUAUGCAGGGGACAAAACAAAUGGAACUCUUCAGAGUACAGAAAGUCCGUCGAGAGCAUAAUAUUACAUCCCGCUGUAAUGUCCCUAUUAGUGACCCGAGUCUAAUCAGAACAUCAUAAUGUGCUGUUCAUCUCAGACAAAAAAUGUUAGUAACAGUGUUGUGUUUGUCAGGUGGAAGAAGUGUUGUGACUAUAUAAAAUGUCUUCAUCUCUUCCCUCGAGAUACUCAUGCCCGAAAACUCCAGACAAGAACACAACUCAACUGAACUUUGUGAAUAACAACUGUUGGAAGUAUCACGACGAGCUCUAGUUAAAUGUGAAAUGAAAAACUGUCAGUGGUGUUAGAUGAAUGUCACCUGAACACAUCCCCUCAAUGUGUUACUACUACUGACACUACUGCUACUACUACUUUUUUUUUUUAA